AUGGCCUCAGAAAAUGCUAUAAUUCUUGCAGCUGCCAUGUCAGCGAUAUCAAAUAAUCAAGUUAUAACCCUUCAAGAUUUUAUUGAUCGUAAAUCAGGAAACGUUACAUACAAAGAAUUGGAUACAGACGCACUUCAUCAAUCUCAUUUAGUUGGUGGACCAGUUCCAAAUAAUCACAAUAAUCAAAAUUUACCACAAGGAAGUCCUGACAAUGGUGAAGAAAUAAUCAUCACGAUUAAACCUUUGAGCGGCAAAGGAUUCAAGAUAAAAGUGAAACCAACAGAAACCAUCUAUCAAGUUAAACAAAAAGUUCAAAAUGAACAAGGAAUUCUUCCCGAAUCUCAACGCCUUUUAUUUCAAGGGUAUUUAUUAGAUGAUGGUAGGAGUGUGGAUAGUUAUGAGAUUACAGAGAAUGCCGAGGUUUUUUUAAUCUUGAGACAAAGAGGAGGUAAUGAAAUUUAUUACAUUCAUUCGGACCAUCUCGACCCUCCAUUUGAUUUUGAUUUCACCAAUAAAAAUGAUGUUGGUAAGACGUAUAUGAGAGGUGGAUUUGAAUAUAAGCGACCUUGCGGUUGGAAACGUAUCGCACUUAAAGUACUCAAUAAGUAUGGAGACAAUGUUUGGCUUGGAAUGCGUUCUAAACGUGGUGGUACUGAUUCUGUUCAAAAUGAAUGGCCUGUAUCGUAUCAUGGAACUUCUCGUCAUAAUAAUAAUACAAUCGCCGAAGACGGUUUUAAUUAUGGUAGAAAUAGAAAUUUUAAUUUCACACAUGGAAUUUAUUCCAUUCCUGAUGUAAAUGUUGCUAUCAAAUAUGCAACUAGAUUUAUUCAUAAUGGUCAGAAUUACGCUGUGUUAUUUCAAAAUCGUGUGAAUCCUAAUACUUUGCAAAGAAUUACCGCUCAAGAAACUGGUUCUG